UCCCCCGCCCGCCCCUCACGGCGGGCCCGGGCCGCGCCCGCGCAGCGGCCCAGGUUUUACCCAAGGGGACAGUACAUCUAACCCUUAACUUGGAUCAUCUCUUGUUCAUCAGCUUGAAAAGUCAUAACAGCCCCCAAAACUGACAUUUGAUCCGAAAGAAAAAAAAGCUGUGACAAAUGGACAAUAUGUCUAUUACUAACACGCCAACAAGUAAUGAUGCUUGUCUGAGCAUUGUCCACAGCUUGAUGUGCCAUCGACAAGGUGGAGAGAGUGAAACUUUUGCGAAGCGCGCAAUUGAAAGUUUAGUUAAAAAGCUAAAGGAGAAAAAGGAUGAAUUGGAUUCUUUGAUUACAGCUAUAACCACAAACGGAGCUCAUCCUAGCAAGUGUGUUACAAUACAGAGAACGCUGGAUGGGAGGCUUCAGGUGGCUGGUCGCAAGGGAUUCCCUCAUGUGAUUUACGCCCGUCUUUGGAGGUGGCCUGAUCUUCAUAAAAAUGAACUCAAGCAUGUUAAAUAUUGUCAGUAUGCUUUUGACUUAAAAUGUGACAGUGUCUGUGUAAACCCUUACCAUUAUGAGCGUGUAGUGUCGCCUGGCAUCGAUCUAUCAGGGCUGACACUACAGAGUUCUGCUCCAUCCAGCAUGCUGGUGAAGGACGAGUACGUCCACGACUACGAGGGGCAGCCGUCGCUGAGCUCCGCCGAGGGACACUCCGUGCAGACCAUCCAGCACCCACCAAGUAACAGGGCCUCGACAGAGCCUUAUAGCACCCCAGCCAUGUUAGCUCCCACUGAGGCUAGCACUACCAGCACCACUAAUUUUCCCAACAUUCCCGUGGCUUCAACAAGUCAACCUACCAGUAUAUUGACAGGUAGCCAUAGUGAUGGACUCUUACAGAUUGCUUCAGGGCCUCAGCCAGGAACUCAGCAGAAUGGGUUUACAGCUCAGCCAGCCACUUACCACCACAACAGCACCACGACCUGGACUGGGAGUCGGACGGCAGCCUACACACCCACCAUCCCUCACCACCAGAACGGCCACCUGCAGCACCACCCGCCCAUGCACCCCAGCCACUACUGGCCGGUUCACAACGAGCUCGCAUUCCAGCCUCCUAUAUCAAAUCAUCCUGCCCCAGAGUACUGGUGUUCGAUCGCGUACUUCGAGAUGGACGUGCAGGUCGGGGAGACGUUCAAGGUCCCCUCCAGCUGCCCCAUCGUCACCGUGGACGGAUACGUGGAUCCUUCUGGGGGAGACCGCUUCUGCCUGGGCCAGCUUUCCAACGUGCACAGAACAGAAGCCAUAGAGAGAGCGAGGUUGCACAUAGGCAAAGGGGUGCAGCUGGAGUGCAAGGGGGAAGGCGACGUGUGGGUGCGGUGCCUGAGCGACCACGCGGUGUUCGUGCAGAGCUACUACCUGGACAGGGAGGCAGGACGUGCCCCGGGGGACGCCGUGCACAAGAUCUACCCAAGUGCAUACAUAAAGGUGUUUGAUUUGCGCCAGUGCCACCGGCAGAUGCAGCAGCAGGCUGCCACUGCCCAGGCUGCCGCUGCUGCUCAGGCUGCAGCCGUGGCAGGGAACAUCCCCGGGCCGGGAUCCGUGGGUGGAAUCGCCCCAGCCAUCAGUCUGUCGGCCGCCGCCGGGAUCGGCGUGGACGACCUGCGCCGCCUGUGCAUCCUCAGGAUGAGCUUCGUGAAGGGCUGGGGGCCCGACUACCCGCGGCAGAGCAUCAAGGAGACGCCCUGCUGGAUCGAGAUCCACCUGCACCGCGCCCUGCAGCUGCUGGACGAGGUGCUGCACACCAUGCCCAUCGCGGACCCCCAGCCCCUGGACUGAGACCCCGCCGGCGCCGCGAGGGGUGGUGGAUUUGUAACAUAACCGUUCUGUUUAUAACCCGGAGAUACACUUUACUUCUGUCUCUGCUUAACCUUCCGAAAAAAAAAAAAAAAAAACCAGCCAGGUUUUAAAAAUGUGUUUGCCGCCUUGCUCUCAGCAGAAAAAGGAAACCGAACGCGCAGAGUUUCGGGGUUUCAGUUGUUUUUUCAGAACUCAAAAUUUGUCGCGAUAACGGGGCUUUGAAAAGCGAAAGGUGAGCGGCCUUUGGAGGCUUCACAGUGUUGGGUUUGGUCCCUUUGUUCCCUUUGAAACUUUUUCCUUCUCUAUCGUGGCAUCUUGGUGAUAAACUUCACAGGAGCCUUUUGUACGCAGAAUAUAUAUUAUAUAUAUAUAUUUAUAUCUGAAAUUUUUCCUUCUAAUAGUUACAAACAUUUACCUUAUAGGGCCUUUAAAAUUCCAGCUGAUUUGUGACGUUCUGUUUAGGGAAGAGUAGUGAGCAGGAGACUUCUUUACUUUUGUCGAUGACCUUGUUAUGGGGUUUUUUUCCAGGUUAAAGCCUAGAAGCUGCCAAAAAAAAAAAAAGUGAGGGGAUGAGACAACAAUGACAUUGUCGGUUAAAAACUUCAUCAUUAGUUUUUUUGGGAGAAAAAAAAAAAAAGAUACCUUAGUUGUUUUUUUUUUUUUAAUUUAUGCAGCCAUGUGAGUUUUUUUAAAAAAAAAAAACAAAAAAACACUAAAGGAGGUGUGGAUACUUUCAAGUGCUGGCACUCGGUUGGGGUGCAGCAGCGUGGGGUCUGCAGAGCUGACACUGAAGUUGCAGGAGCGUGUUUUCGUAAUUAACUGCUGACCUCUCUGACGUUUUGCUCGAGCAGAACUGGUCAGAAUUAAUCAGCACGACUCUCUCUUUACUCGCCACGUGCCACGACAGCGCCGUGUGCGACACCCAGGACCCGGGUUUGUUCUGGUUUUUUUUGGGUUUUUGGUUUUUUUUUUUUGUACCUGUUCGCCGUUUCCACUCAGGGCGAGAUGGCAAACCCGUUUUUUCCUGCCCCUUGGUUUACUUUUGAAGCCCUUAAAUGCCAUCGGUGACCGUAUCAACUGGCAAUGACCUCGCGUAGAGAAUUUACAGUAGGGGGGAAAAAAAAAGAGAAAAAAAAAAAACAAACGUGCAAAGAAGUGUCGACUGUACGACAGAUACAAUGUGUAUGCUUUCUCUCUAGCUAAUAGUAUAAAUAAAAGGAUGGAAAACCCC